GAAGUCGUGAGAAGAGACCUGGCGUUAAUCCAAAGCAACAGGUGCCCCGGCUUUCUCAGAAAAGCUGUGACAUAACAAGGUGUCCGUCCCUCAAAUGCCAAGGGAGUCACUGGGUCUGCGUGAUGACCACCCCAGGACUGGCUCAAGUUUCGGAGCUGGGGCCCAGUCAAAUAGAAGGGAAAGUGCUUGGGUGUGAUUUCAUUAUGGAUUCUUCAGCUGAGGAGGAUGAAGAGUUAUCUGAAGCUGCUGAACACUAUAUCUCUGAGACGACAUGGAGCUGGACCCGCCAGACAAUGAACUACGUAGGUCAACUGGCUGGACAGGUAUUUGUCCAAGUGAAGGAGCUGUACCGUGGACUCAAUCCUGCCACUCUCUCUGGGUGCAUCGAUGUUAUUGUGGUCAGACAACCAGACGGGACAUUGCAAUGCUCACCUUUUCACGUCCGGUUUGGAAAAAUGGGUGUCCUUCGAUCUCGGGAAAAAGUGGUGGACAUAGAGAUCAAUGGAGAAUCAGUGGCUCUUCACAUGAAGUUGGGUGACAAUGGAGAGGCCUUUUUUGUGGAAGAAAUGGAAAACGAUCAGGAAGUGGUCCCCUCCUAUCUGGCCACCUCUCCCAUUCUGGCUGAUGGGCCGAUCCUGAUGAGUUCCCUUUUGGGGAAGAGCUCCGGGUCCACAGUGCAGACUCUGGGCGCCGCAGGGAGCAAUGGAGAGCUUGGCAGCGUGUUAAUGAAGAAAAGGAGGAAGAGGAGGAGGAAGACCCGGGCAGAUAGCAUGAAGAGAGAAGAAAGCGGAGAAUACUCUGGGGAUGAAGAUAUGUUCACCAUCGAUAUCAGCUCAGAUGAAGGAGAGAUGGACAGCGGCAGGUGUUUAUCCCGGGAACCUUCCAAAGAGGAGACCACUGGAGGUUCAGCUAGUGGUUCAUUUAAACAGAAUGGCAUCUAUCCUCGCUCAGAUGGAGAAUGGAGCCCAUUGCAAAGUCCUGGCAAUUCACGUCCAACAUCUCCUAAAAGUGACUCUGAACUCUUGACUAAACAAUCUGAUGCAGACAAUCAAAAUCCAACAAUGCACUGGGCCUGGGGAGAGCUACCACAAGCCGCUCCGCCUUCUUUCCUGCCUGUGAAACCUGACCCAUCUCCAGUCAGUCCUGUGUCCAUCCCUGUGUCUGUGAACACGCACUUCCGAGUGAUAAGCCACGAGUCCAAUACAGACCAGUGUGAACCCUGCUCUCAAAUGCCAGCGCUCACAGUCCUAAUACCAGAGGAGACAUCCCAUCCUGGGGAGGCAGAGGAGGGGAUGGAGGCACAGACUGAGGAGGUCCAGACAGGUCUAACUAGCGAGGCAGCCCCAAUGAUGAUGGACCUGGAUGAGACAGUGCCCCGAGUACCAAGCACAACUGAUUCUCCUUCCAAGAAAAAAGAAAAGAGAAGCCGCCAUCUUGGUUCUGAUGGGAUCUACCUGGAUGACAUCACAGGCCUGGAGCCUGAAGUAGCAGCACUGUAUUUUCCUAAAAGUGAUGGGGGAACAGGAGUGAGGGGCAUGGCAGAUCCAGGUCACCACAGCACUAGUUUGUCCCCACAGUCCCUGAGCUCUGGAGGGGACAGCGGAGUGGACACUUACUGCGACCAUAUGGGAGACCUGCCCUCUAUGGCCAUCUCUCUGUGUGGAGGACUCUUGGACAACCGAGAAAUCACUAAUGAACAGUUUCAUGCCAAGAUCAUCUCCUACGCACAAUUUGUAACAAACCCAUCCCUUAUUGAUGACCCUAACCUAGUUGUGAAGAUAGGUUCCAAAUACUAUAAUUGGAGUACUGCAGCUCCUCUUAUGCUGGCGAUGCAGGCCUUUCAGAAACCACUGCCAAAGGCUACAGUUGAAAACAUCAUGAAGGAAAAGAUGCCCAAGAAAGGAGGACGAUGGUGGUUUUCCUGGAGGGGCAGAAACAGCAGCUCCAAAUCUGAGUCUGGCGCCUGUGGCUCUGUGAAUCAAUCUGGUUCAAUGUCACUCAGGCUCAAAGAAGAGUCAUCUUCUAGUGAUGAGGAACAAAGAGUGUCAGGCUCCAUCCAGUCAGAUACGGGGCAUCCAUCUGGGGGCGUGUCCUACAAGAAGACCCUCAGACUCACUUCAGAACAGCUGAUGUCCCUUCAGCUGCAAGAUGGUCCCAACGAUGUGGUCUUCAGCGUGACCACUCAGUACCAGGGCACGUGCCGCUGCCAGGGAACUAUCUACCUCUGGAAUUGGGAUGAUAACAUUAUCAUCUCGGAUAUCGAUGGAACUAUAACCAGAUCUGACACUUUGGGCCAUAUUCUGCCAACCCUGGGAAAAGACUGGACUCAUCAAGGCAUUGCACACCUGUACCACAAAGUUAGCCAAAAUGGCUACAAGUUCCUAUACUGCUCAGCCCGUGCUAUAGGCAUGGCUGAUAUGACACGAGGUUACCUGAACUGGGUGAAUGAGAGAGGAACCAUGCUCCCCAUGGGCCCUGUGCUUUUGAGCCCCAGCAGCCUCUUCUCAGCUUUACACAGGGAGGUGAUUGAGAAGAAGCCAGAGAAGUUCAAAGUGGAGUGUCUAAAUGAUAUCAAAAACCUCUUCCGUCCAAAUACUCAGCCCUUCUAUGCAGCAUUUGGCAAUAGACCUACGGAUGUGUUUUCCUACAAAGAAGUUGGUGUCCCAUUGAACAGAAUAUUUACAGUUAACCCUAAAGGUGAACUUGUACAAGAACAUGCCAAGACCAACAUUUCGUCUUACGUCCGUCUUGGGGAGGUGGUGGACCACGUUUUUCCACUGAAGGCACGAUCUUCUUCUUCAGAUUUUCCUUGUUCUGACACCUUCAGCCAUUUCACCUUUUGGAGGGAGAAUCUGCCCCCGGUGGACCACCCGGGAAUCCCACCUUCACAGCAGACUAGCCCCAGCAGCUGACUACCUGGGGCCUGAGAACAGUGUGCAUGAUAUGUUUAUGUAAAUGUAGAGAAUGAUUGCUGAUAGAAAGGCAGAAACACUGUGAAAAAUCCUAACGCACAAGAUGGAUGAAAGUGCACUUUGAGGAAAUGUCUGUAGUUUUGUUUUUUUUUUGUCUGGAUAGACACAUAUUUAUAGUGAGUACAUUUAGGCAGCUUGAUAAAAGUGAUUUUAGCAUGGACAUGGAUCUUUAAGCUAUAAAGGUUACAAUAUGCUAAACUUGUAUGUUUUUAGACUGAACAUAUAUUGCCUAGUUGCUGCAUUUUAAAAGUUAUAGUUAUCUUUGUAUAGUUACACUUAACUAAGCAUAUGGAUACUGAAAAUGUACACAUGUAGCAUAUACGAUUACAUUUAUUUCAGUCAUAGUAGCACUUAAGACUAAUUUCAAAAUAACACUUAAAGGAAGGUACAUUAUGAAAUCAAUAUUUAUUGUAGAAUUCGGAUGAGAAAAGCACAAAGAUAACGAUGAUGUUAAUAAUAUAGUUUAUUGCAGAUUAUAUUUUUCUAUACAAAGAAGCAUGUAUGAUUGAAUCAUUUAUUUUUGUGUUGCCUUGUUAUGGCCCAUUGUCUGAAUUUUCCAUCUAUGUUACCACAUCCACCUGUUAAAAUGUCUUAUCAUUGCUGUCAUGAGAAAAAAGCUUACAUUGUGAGACAAAUGUUAGAUUUAAAAGUUAUUAUUCUUUCUGUGAAAGAGUUACAUGUGGUUGCCUUUUGUUUUCAACAACUCAACUUUUGAAUUCAAUAAAAAGUACAUUGUUACAGAA